AUGAUCUGCCGCUCCUGUCUGCGCAAGAGCGCAUCUUCUCUACGGCCCUCAAUCUUUUCGCGCUCUCUCACAUCCUCAAUUCCCCGCCUGGAUGCUACAACUGCCGCACCAUCCUCCAGCCCUCCAGCAGCAACCUCGACCUCUGCAGCACAACCCUUUAGCACUCCUCUCUCACCAAAACCAAACGAUGUUUCCCUGGGCACAUCACUAAAACCGAAACCCAAGACCACUGUGUUGCCAGCAUCGAUAUGUCUGCCGGGGUCGGUCAUGAAAGGGCUGAACUAUUUCAAGGGCAAGGAAGAUCCGAUUGCAUUGGCAGAAGAGGAGUAUCCAGAUUGGUUGUGGCAUGUUCUGGAUGUAAAGGACAACGCUGGUAUAGUGAACGAGGAGGAUGGUGAUGAGUUUUCCAAAUCCAAGAAGCUCAGACGCAAAGCAGCGAAACGGCAGCGCAAACUCGAGGCCAAACUCCUCGCCUCGGGCGAUAUUUCUGCAUUGACGCCCAAAGUACCCAUUACAAGACAGAGUGUGGAUCUGCCGACUGGAGAGGAGGGAAUGGGGGAGAGAUCAGAGUUGAAGCGAGCCAUGAGGAAGGAGAGGAGGGCCAAGAUCAAGGAGGCCAAUUAUUUGAAGGCCAUGUAG